AUGUCAUCUAUUCCAUUUCCAUCUACUCGAAAACAUCAGAUAAAUGGAAAAGAUGUGUCAUUUAUGUAUUCACAAUUGAUUCGAGAUUUAUUUCUCGAUAUGGAUCUUUCAAUACCUUCAAUACGUGAUAUGAUCUUUCAUUUUUCAAUUAAAUUUGAAGGUAACGAACGUGGAUUAGCUCUCAUCGAUGAAUUAGAUCGUGAUUAUUGUUCGAUGCAAUCAAAUAUUCGGACAGGAACUGUUUCAAAAGCUCAAUCAAUAACAAAUAGGCCAUUGACUGUCUAUCGAGGUCAAGCUAUGUUAAAUGAAGAAUUUGAACAGCACAAAUCCAAUAUAAAUGGCUUACUAACAAUUAAUAAUUUUCUCUCGACAAGUACAGAUUAUCAGGUAGCCAAAGGUUUUGCAUUUGCCAAUAAAAAUCGAUCUGGUAUGCAGGCUGUUCUAUUCGAAAUUGAGUUCGAUUCAAAUAUUCCUUGUCAACAAUGUCCAUAUGCCAACAUCGAACAUCUGAGUUAUUAUCAAACGGAAUGUGAAGUUCUCAUUUCAAUGGGAACCAUAUAUCGCAUUUGUUCCAUCGAUAAAGAUAAUGAUGAUAUUUGGAAAAUAAGUCUCAAAUUAAUCGAUAAACAAAAAGAUCAAGAUUUAAUAAAAUUAUCACGUCUAGUGGGUGAUUUCAAAACAGCGAAAAGAUUCAUUGAUCAAUUAUUGAAUGAAUCAUAUUUUUGGGAUGAAAUUCAAAAUUUGGCCUUCUUGAUCAAUGAAGUCGGAUUGAUUUGUGAAGAACAAGGUGAUUUUACAACGGCUAGUGUAUACUAUCAAAUAUUUAUGGAUAUGAAACAAAAGCGACAAUUGAUUUGUAGAAGAGAUACGAUUUCAUCGACCUUAGAACGAGCAACAUUUCAAACUAUCUCGAAACAUAUUCAAGAUAUGAACAAUGAAAAUAAUGAAAAAUUAAUCGCAUUGAAAAAUUCUUUGAAAAAUGAAGAGAAAAGUGAUAUGCCAGAUACGACAAAGUCAGCCAAUUAUUGUCAACAAAUCGGUCAUAUCUAUGAACUACAGGAAAACGACAAAGAAGCUCUUAACAUGUACCAAAAAAGUUUAAAAUUAUUUGUACCUGUUGAUUUAGAAGUUAUGCAAAUCUAUUCCAGUAUGGCUCUCCUAUAUGCUAAACAAAACGAUUGGUCGACAUCGAACACGUACAUAGAAAAAACAUUAGAAUAUUUACAUAGCAAACCCUAUAGCAAUACAUUUAUAGAGUACUAUGAAAAAAUCGGUCUUGUAUACGAAGUUCAAGAGCGAUAUAUAGAUGCUAUUCGAAUAUACGAGAAAAUCGUAUCUUUUAUUCCUGAUGAAUACUAUUAUGACGAGAUAGUUCUCGCUCAUAUCGGUUAUCUCUAUGAAAAGCAACAGAAUUACAUCGAUUCAUUGCAAAUCUACGAACGGCUAUUAUCUCUUCAAUUGAAUGUACUUUAUCGUGAUCAUCCACGAUUGGCAGAUACGUAUGCAUCGAUAGCCAACUCAUGCUAUGGUCAACAUUAAUAUCAAGAAGCUUAUACAAAUUUAACAAAUGCACUCAAUAUUGAUCUUCUUACGAUGAGUGAGAAUCAUCCGUGGAUAAAAAAGCGUCAAGAAGAAAUUGUUUUUAUUCGACAAAAGAUAUAUAACGUCUGAGAGAAAUGCCGCUUAUCUAUCUUUGUCAAGAGAAGCGAACUCUGUCAAUUGAUAUACGACCUGUUUUUAUGAAUUAUGUCAUACUGAUUAAAUAAUCGAAAUAGAAUAAUUACACGAGAAACACUAAAUAUAGACAUCCCAAGUGUGAUCUCAUCUAUCAAUCCGCUUUAGUUAAUUAGAAAUAGGGUUUCACGUCAUCAGUUGUUGGAUUUGAGUGCAGGAGGAAUCGAUUGAUCUUCAAUUAUCGCUACCACCUAAAAUCUAUCAUGAUUGUUGAUAAAUAUCAAAGACAUUGAAGCCCAUAGCCUAGUCGAAGUGCCUCGGCUAUUUUGGGAUAUCUAAAUCAACAUCUCGUCAGCUGUCUCGAAACCGGGUAUGGGUGUGUGGGUAUGUGGAUGUGGGGUGUGGGAUGUGGGUGUAGAUGAAGAGAUAUCACGCACCCAGACCCAGAUCCACCCACGUCCACUCCACACCCACAUCUUCGUAUAAUUUGUUUAUUUAAUUUAUUAUAAAAGAAAAUAAAAAAGCAAGAAAACAAAAAUCUCAUUCAUUAAAAGCUCAAAAAAACAAGACAAUUCUCGUUCAAUUUCUAAAUCUUAUUUAUUUUAUUUCUUUUUUCUUUUUUCUUAAAACUAGUGUCUUGAUUUCUCUUUAAACUAAAGAACUACAAGCCAAUAAAACUUAUUUAUUCUUAUUCUAAAACAAUCUCAUUCAUUUCUUGUCACACACACAUCAUAUUUUUUUCACACUUAGACGCUCACUUUUUUCUUAUUCAUUUAGUCAUAUAUUUAGUCAUUCACUUAUUUAUUUAUUUAUUUCAUUAUUCUUCAUUCAUUUAUUCAUGCCUUCAUUCAUCAAUUCAUUUAAUUAUUUAUUUCGUAUUCCUGAAAGCGCAUUUAUUUUUUCAUUAUUAACAGCUCAUUUAUUCAUAUAUAUUUAUUUAUUUCUUAUAUACUCAUAUUCUUCAAUAAUUCCCUUACCCAGGUCGAAAAGUACGGGCGGGUUCCGACAGGAAAACACCGAAAGUCGUCUGAACAGGGUAGCAGUAUUCCGGCCGGAAAAUUUUCGGACUUUCUCCGGUGACUUCCGGUCAAAUUCAUCGCGUUUCCUGUAGGAAGUUGUCCGGAAGUCACUGAAAAAAGUCCGAAAAUUUUCCGCCAGGAAUACUGCCACCCUGUUCCGGCGACUUCCCAUGUUUUCCUGCAGAAUAUGGUGAAUUCUCCCGCAUAUUUUCUGCAAGAUCCUGCGGGAUCCGGUGACCGGAAUCUUCUACCUGGGUUUAUACGUAUUGUUAAUUCGUUAUUUAUUUAAUCCACAUUCACACCCACACCCAACUUUCUGGACACGAUAUUCAAAUCUUAGCAUGUCCAACUGUGAUUUUUUAUAGUAGCUCGAUUUUUAAAUUAUAUAUGUUCGCACCACAGAUUCUUUGUAAUCAAGAUAUUCGAAACAUGUAAAAUAUUUAUAUAUAUAUAAUCUGUGUGAAAGUUUCAAUCUGUUCAUCGUUUUGCUUUUAAUUGUGAAUGUAGAGCGCUGAUAAGUGUUUCAUAAUAUUAAAAAAUAAUACGAAACGCAUCGGCGAAAUUAAACUCUGCAUUUCUUUGAAAUUAUUUUCUUUCAAAGAAUAUUCAUUUAUUAUUUAGUUUUCGACUAGAUCGAUUGCUGAAAAGUAAGAGUUGAGAGCAGCAGAUUUAUUUGUCUUUUCGUUAGAAGAUAGGUUGAUCUAUUUGUGAGUUGAUUUACGUAUACCCAACAGAGCACAAACAAGUGUCGUGGAUGCAUUGUUCUCUCGCUCAAAAGACUUGAAAAUUGACUCUUUGAUGAAAUUUAUUGAAUAUAGUAUUAUGAAAGCUAUUUAAAUUUAUUAUUUAAACGUAUUAGAAAGAAAAAAGAUAAAAUUCUAAAUAAUUUAAAGAAAAUUGAUGAUUUUCGAUUCAUUAAUUAAUAAAACCCAAUCCCAAUAUGUUGAACGAUUAUCUCUAUAUCAAUUGAUAGGAAAUGAAAAAGUACAAAAAGUAACAUUUACCACGCAAUACGUGCCAGAAGACUACGUGGAUAUUUGCGUAUGCAGAAUUUUCGUAGUUCAUCAAUAAUUAACCACAGCAUACCGAAACCAAGUGUCGGCAUGACAUAUUUCGCCGGCACGCGACCUGUGCCUAAGACACGAUUAAACCAAC